AUGCUUCGGGCAAAGAAACAAUAUGGAAAGAAGUUUGAAACACUUGGCCUGAAUUUCAAUGAGGAGGAAAUUUUUGCAUCGUCUUUUGAAGUUUCCGCGCUUUCAAGCUCUCAUCCAGUACCAAUCACAACAAAGUGUUAUUACUGCGAGAACUACACUUCAGGUUUUUUAACAUUUAUUGAAAGAACCUCAAGUUGUGGUGAAAAGGUUGUUGUUCAGUGUGAUAGCAUUGCGGAUGAAGUUGAUGAUCCCGUUGAAGCUGUUGUCUUGUAUCAAGGCAUGCGACCUACUGCUUUGAGGAUGCGCUUGAGUGGGGUAGAAGAUGUUUCUUUAAUCGAGUACGCACAUUUGAUGGGUAGGCCAUACAGGGUGUUCAGUCUUGACACUGGGAGACUGAAUCCAAAAACAUACAGAAUUACAGAUUGUUUGAUGCAGUUGAGAAAUGAUAUGGAGUUCGCAUCGUAG